AUGCCCCUCGUCAUCCCCGGCAUCACCACAAAGGCCUCCAACCCCACCGAGGAGUGGACGCACAAGCUCGUCGGUAAAUCGCUGACGGACGGAGCUUCCACGGAAACCGCCUUUUCCAAGAGCGAACUCCCCGCACAGACUCGCAUCAUCACAACCGGCCAAAUGGUCACCAGAGACCUGAACCCCGACAGACUCAACGUCCACCUCAAGGAGGACGGUACUGUCUCGCACGUCGUCCAUGGUUAG